ACCCCGGGACCCUACUCACAGCUUCCGUGGCUGCCGCCGGGGCCUACCUACGGCACCGUAGGAGGCUUCUGUUGCUGGGUCCGGCGGGAGGAACAGAGCUCAGACAAACCAACCCCCCUCCCGGAGGAACGGACCACAUUAUAUUUUCGGAAAGCACCCCAUCGCAGGAGCAACAUCACCACCCACUCCGCAGGGUGUAGCUACUCGCUCGUUCSCUCGUUAGUUUGUUACAGUAGUUUGUUAGUUUGCUUCAGGCAAGAACGUUCCAUUGCAUUCGGAAGCAGACUCGACCAUGGCGCCAAGGGAAGCAACGGGGACCUUCCCCGAUCAAUACCUGACGUUCGACUACGACAUGUCCGCGAAUCUGGGCAUGGGCAUGGGCAUGCCGCCGAUCGAUCCCUUUCCGGUAGUGACGGGGGAAGACCUCGGGCAGAACGAUCUUGACAACGCCGCGGGGGGAGGCGGAGUCCAAGACGCCAACAACAACAACAACAACAACGGCAACGGCAACGGCAACACGGGAACCCAUUCCCUGGAAGGCGGGAACGAGACCACUUCGCUCACGAAUUCGCAGCAGCCCCAGCAGGCUUCUUCCCCGCAGGAAGCGGUGGAUCCCCUCUCCAUUGAUCCCACGAUACACCAAGAACCGCAGUGGGACUCGGACAACCUCAACACCAGCACCACCAGCACGAUAUCGAGAGUUCCGAGAGUUCCCCAGCUGCCRCAGAUAAACAUAAACCACACUCCCCCGCGCAUAUCCCGCGGGUUGUCGGGAAACUCCACCGUGAACGUUCGUGGCAUCCGCCCGGGACAGCACCCGCAGCACCACCUCGGGCAGCAGCAACAGCAGCAUCAGCAUCAGCAGCAACAACAACAAGCACACGGCGACCUGGUGUCUCAUCCCGCCAACGCCGCCUCGGCACUCGGCUAUGAUCUUUCCAACGCCGUUGGCCCGGGUGCCUCCGCCCCCGCGGCGGCCGCCGUUGCCCCGAACGGCCACGGCCUCGCCCGGAGGGUCUCUACCGGUUCGAGCACGGCGGGUUCGGCCUUUGCCGCCUCUGCCGGAGCCAGGCGCGUCUCCUCGAAUUCGAUCGCGGGCCAGGGCCUUCCUCCCCCACCGGAGGGAGCCCCCAAGACMGAAACCGACGGCCUCGGGAAGACCAUCGAAGACGAGGACCACCGGCCACCGGGCCUCGACAUUACCUACGACACGAUGGCGUCUUCCUUCAUCAGCGCCGGGAGUCCRUCGCAAGACUGGGGAGACGAGGUAGAGGACGACGAGAACAACAACAGCAACCUCAUCCUCGACGGCAGCCUUGCCAACGCCUCGGGAASCGCCAGCGUGGUCUGCGUAGAGGACGACCAGGACGAGCACUCGUUCCUGGGAGGAGGCCUCAACAGCUCCUCCUCCSCGAUGAACACGUCGACGGCUUCCGGUGCACCGAUAUCGAGCAACGCCAGCGCCAUCUCGACCAACUCGAGCUUUUCGUCCAUGAGAAUGAUCCAGCAGACGGCUGCCUUUGACAUGGAAACAAACGAAAACGAGAACGAGAACGACCACAACGGUACCAGCAUUCCGAGGUCUCCCACCGGGCAGUCCUCCGAUUCGUCCUCUCCCAUACCGACCUCCCCCAACUCRAUCAUGCUCUCCUUUGGUCCCAACACGCGCGUGGACGACCUCAAAUACUUUGCGGAACGGGGCUGCAUCGUGGCCUUGCUACAGGCGCUCAACACACCGCGCCUGGUGACCCUGGGAACCCGAAUGCUAGCGGACUACGCCAAGAUGUCCCACCGCCGGGUCGCGGUCGCAUCGAACCGAAGGAUCCUGGAGUUUGUCCAGCGAACGAUGCUGCACGUUUCCGACCAUAACCAGGAGUGGCUGGGAAGGGAAUACGCCGUGGAAACCAUUCGAAGCCUCACCGCGACGGAAGAAAGCGACAAGUACCUCAUGGGCACGUACGGAAUCCUCAACACGCUGGCCCUGGUGGCCCGCGGUGGGCCCUUUGUGCCCUCCCAGACGGGGAACACGCCCUCCAUCCCGCUGGCCUCCGAAAAGGCACGGCUGCACGCCUGCAUCGCUAUUAUGAACCUCUCCUGCGGAAAGGCCAACAAGAUCGAGAUUGCCAAGAUACCCGACGUACUGGAAGCCAUGAGGGACGUCAUGCUCAACUCGGGCGACGAAGCCCGCCUCAAGGCCACCACCUGCAUCAAGAACCUGAGCAACGCCGACGCCAACGACGCGGCCCUGCUGGGAACCCCGGGCCUGGUGGCCGCCCUCGGACGCAUGGCCACUGCGACGUGCUCGGCGGAAACGGGGGCCACCCCCUGCACGACGAACGCCUGCCUGGCCCUGAUGAACCUUUCCAUAUCGAAGGCCAACAAGCACCGCGUCUUUCGAACGCCGGGGGUCAUGACAGCUCUCAUGACCGUCCUGGAGCGGACGACGGCCCAGGGAUCCUCCACCGAGGCCCGCAUCAAGGCCUGCUCGGCCCUUUCCAACCUCGCGAUUGGCUACGACAACAAGAUUCCCAUGUUCAACUACCCCGGCUUUGUGGACGCGAUUCUCAACGUCAUUCUCACGGACCGGGGGGAGGCCCGCACCAAGGCCUGCUCGAUCCUAUGGAGUUUUGCGGCCGAGAUGAAGAACCAGGUACCGGUCGUCCAGCGCGGGGACAUUCUCCCCGUACUCGUMCGCGUGGCGGAGGAAGAUGGAACCACGGAGGCGAGGUUCAAGUGCGUCGCGGCCCUGACCCUGCUGGCGGAGUCCCUGGACAAUGCGAUUCCCCUGCUCGAGUCGGGAGCCCUGGCGCCCCUCAUGGACAUUCUGCACGAGGCCGGACCCGAUCCUACCCAGUGGAAGGGACAGACCGCUUCGUGGUGUGUCGGGUUCCUGAUGAACAUUGCCCAGAGCGACGAAGCCGUUCCCUCGCUCCGCGAGGCGGGAGUGGUCGAGCUCCUGGCACCCCUCCUGACCCUGGAYCACUACCAGAGUCUCAAGGCGGCCAUGGCGGUGACCUUUGUGUGCCGGUACGACGAGGGCGACGAAUGCUACGAUUUGCUGCGAAAAACGGAAAACGUGAUUCCCAAGAUCAUCUCUCUCCUGCACAACACCCUCUCGGGGCGGGGCGGCAACGGAUACAAGUACGGUGUCUUUACCCUCCGGAGCUCGGUGGGAUGCAUAUCGGCCCUCGCACUGGGACCCGACUUUAUGAAGGAACGCAUCGCUACCGGGCCCGUCUUUGAGAGCCUCUUGCGGGUCCUGUCCGACUUUUCCGUGGACGGCGGUACCCCCGGUGCCAUUGUGGGUGGCGGCAGGGACGACGUCCUCAGUGCGACUCUUGCGGUACGGGCCCUCCAGUCGCUCACGGCACACCUGAUCCCGAUUGCCGGCAGCUCGGCCCUGCCCUUUGGACAGUCGAUGGAAGACCGGCUGCUGACGGCCCUGAUUGCCCUCGAGGAGUCCACGCACGAAGAACUGAAAGAGRACACCCGGCAGCUCGCCAUUGACGCCAAGGUGCGAAUCCAGGGAAGCCAAAAGGCCGGCCGCGCGGGCCACCUGCGGAACGGAAGCGUCGACAUUGACAUGGCGGACGUUGCCUCGCUGGCGAGCAACUGCUGCGGYCUGGAUUCCAUCCCCGGCUUUGGCGACAAGUUUCUCCACGCCCUGACCCUGCCCUCGGAGGAAUCCAAGAAGGCCACCCCGGACCUCGCCCCCAGCUCGAGCAUGGUCGAGGACGCGGCAGAGCCCGCGGCCCUMGCGCCCCCGCAGCCCGUGAGGACCUUUUUGCUGGCGGACGKCCGGACCGGCCGCCGGUUCGCCGUCCCCACGGACCCCAGCGGGGGCCGGGCCUUUAACGACCCCCGCCGCUGGUGCUACCGCAGGGGGCGCUUCUGCCAGCCCGGCGAGGACCCGGACCCGAACUUUGUCUGGACGGACGACCUGCAGCGUGCCUACGAAACGGCCCUGGCGAACGUGGACCAGCAGCAGCCCAAUCCUUCCCAGGCGGCGGCGCCGUAGCGGGAGCGACGGGGACGGGAGUGCUAGCAACGGGGGAGCGCCCGGMGACCGGGCCGCUCGUGGUGCAUGCCAUAUCGGGAGUGCAGCGCAGGACCGCUCUGUUCUGUACAAAUGAAAAAGAGUGAAACGAUUGACAUUAAAAAAGACUAGAUACA